CGGCCACGGCCAAAGCCCAGAAGAGGAACCUUCCGAGAGAGACCUCAACAGCUUCAUGUAUCAGACAGUUGGCCAUGAAGUCCUGCCCCUGUACGCCGCCGCCACGGACCUGCCACUGUAUCGCUUGCCCAUAGGCGGCCGCGCUGUCCACCACGAGCGGGACUACGACGCGACGGGCGCUCAGGACAGCGAGGAGACCGAGUCCAUGCUGCCCCUGCUGCGGGCCAUCAUGAGUCGCCAUCCUGAGGCCAAUGCUCUGUGUGCCGGCGCGAUCCUUUCGACCUACCAACGCACCCGCGUCGAGUCAAUCGCCAUGCGCCAUGGCCUCGUACCCCUGGCCUACCUAUGGCAGUAUCCGGUCUUACCGCCCCCGUAUCCCGCCACCGCCGCCGCAAGUGAGACCCAACUACUGAUUGACAUGGCCGGCGCGGGCCUGGAAGCACGGAUCAUCAAGGUCGCCAGCGCGGGUCUCGAUGAAGCCCACUUGUGGGAACGUGUGUCGAGCGAGGAUGGCGCCCGCCGUGUGAAGAGCGCCCUGCGUAAAUUUGGUUCAGGCAGCGGUGCGGCUGCGCUUGGUGAGGGUGGCGAGUUCGAGACCCUCGUCGUGGAUGGACCAGCGGAUCUCUUUAAGAAGAGGAUCAGCAUACCUGAGCACGGUCGGAAGAUCGUGCGUGAAGGCGGUGGUUGCUCAUGGCUGAUGUUGGGCGGCGCACGGCUUGAAGAGAAGGCAGAUCCUGCACAAGACCUGACCGUGCGGACCCCUGAUCUCCUCGACCCGAGGUUCAAAGCUAUCCUGGACGACCUUCAGAUCGGACCCCUGACCCAGGACUCUAUGCAGAGUUUUCGAUCAUCACACCGAUCGGCGUUAUUGAGCGGUGGGAGCUCAGGGUCUGCAAGUGCCGACGUCGAUGUGCUUUACUGGUCUGUUUUCGCUGAGCCCAGCUCAAGUGAGAGGUCGAUCCAGGAGGAGACGAUCCAGGUGGUGGAGAAGAUCAGAGAGUUGGCAUCUGCUGCCGCUCUUGAUCCCUCUGAUAUCACGAAUACCAUUAUCGUUCUUCGUCGCAUGUCGGACUUUCCUAACGUAAAUGGCGAGUAUGGGAAACUGUUUCCCAAGCCAAACCCGCCUUCUCGGGUUACAAUAUCUUGCGGAGACCUACUUCCUGCGGGGACUAACAUCGCUGUGUAUCUCACCGCCCCUUGGUCUAAGAGGGCUGUAGACAGGAAUGGAUUGCAUGUACAGUCCCGAUCUUACUGGGCGCCUGCCAACAUUGGCCCCUACAGUCAAGCUAUUGACAUGCCCGUCAACUUGCAGCAGGGAGACACGCCCGGCAACAUGCGAGCCAUAGGAACAGGUGUGCGGUCUAUCGCUAUCGCGGGACAGAUUCCCCUGAUUCCUGCCAGCAUGUUACUCCCAACUCCUUCUGACACUUCGCACGAUUUGCAGGUCGUCCUGGCUCUGCAACACUUGUGGAGAGUGGGACAAGAGCUCAAGGUUCAGCACUGGACCAGUUCCGUCGCAUACUUCCCUCGAAGUGAAUCCGUGACUGAUAUGGAGCGUAACGCCAAGGUUGCUGGCCUCGCAUGGAAACGGGCUCAUGGAUCCCCCGAGGAUGAAGAUGACGAGAACGAACCAGACCCUUGGGAUCUCAAGUACAAUCCAGCGUACCAGACACUGGCAGGCAAUGAUGGGCAUGAAGCAAGGCGUUCGGUCCCAGACUGGUCCAUUCUUACACUCCGUCAGCAAAACGAACCUGAGACAUGCAUCCCCCCUAUGUUUGCGAUCGAAGUGGAGGAGCUGCCCCGGCAGUCUGCCGUGGAGUGGCAUGCUCACAAGGGCCUGUCCAAGGUGGACGAGGGCAGCUUGGAGUUGAGCUACGAUCCCGAAGUCGGGACUUCAGGUUGGACAGUAUGGCGGUCUAUUGUCAAAGCCGAGAAAGCCACUCUUGUUUACACCAUGGUGUCUUGUAGUUUUGAACAGCAACUCGAAAGCCAGGCAUUUGAGGAUUUGGAAAUGAUGAUGAACAAGGUCUAUACGGACUCAAUUCGACGCCUCGGAUUAGAAUUGGGUGUUCGGCAGUCUUAUCUUGUCUACCUGGAUGCCGUCGAAUCUGAGGCGUGGGGACCUGCUGGAAUCGCAUCGGCCCGUCGUGCCAUUAUACCAUGUCGAUCGAUGUGGUCUUCGUCUGGUGAAAGAUUGAGAGUGGUGGCAUUAUUUGAGACGGCAUUUUGUGCAUGAUAUGAUGACAUGAGAGAUGAGAACAUGAUACAAUACAAAAGUUGUGAUUUGGUUGA